GUAACCGUUGAUAGUCGUAUCAUUGUGUAAUGAUACCCAUGCAUAUUGCAAAUUUAAUCCUGAAGUUUCGUCCCUUAAGGCUCUUGACCAUAAGAGGGCUUCUGAAAUUGUUGAUCUAGAGUCAGACUGUGAAAAUGAUGAGUACAAGAUAUGAGGGCUAAAUCAAUUACUCUCUCAUGAACUCAACUUUGAACACCAAUAAGGAUCCUACUUGUUCUACCAUCAAAUCCCUCGCCCCAGAAUAUCUCAUCAUCUGUUCCCCUCUUCUCAAAGGAUGCACGCUAAAAGAGAAACUCUGGCUCGAAUUUUUGGUUAAUGUUCCUACCGACAUUAUCUGGAGCAAUUCUGCAUUCCAAAGUCUAGUUCUUCCGCCAUCACAAAAGGAACUGAUUCACGCCAUCGCAACUUCUCAGAUCUCAGACUCUUCGGAGUUCGAUGGUGUGAUUAGCGGCAAGGGCAAAGGCAUAAUUUUUCUACUUUCGGGUGGCCCUGGUAUUGGGAAAACCUUGACUGCAGAAUCUGUCGCCGAGCAAAUGCAGUUUCCACUCUAUAUGCUUUCGGCCGGGGACUUGGGCACAGAAUCUCAAGAUUUUGAGUCAAAUUUGCGUUCAGUCCUUCAAAUGGCCACCUGUUGGAAUGCGGCCCUAUUGUUGGAUGAAUGUGAUGUUUUCCUUGAGGCACGAACUUCAAAACCACUUGAGCGCAACAAGAUCGUUUCGAUAUUCUUACUAACGCUGGAAUAUUAUGAAGGAAUUUUGUUCAUGACCACAAAUCGUGUAAGCAAUAUUGAUCUUGCUUUCAAAUCACGCAUUCAUUUUUAAUAAGUAUGGAUUACAAGGAUUUGGACAAGAAUGCUAGAGAGAAAACUUGGAAAAACUUUCUAUCGUUUGAAGGUCACGAACAAUAUCAUCAAAUUACUGAUAUUGAGGUUGAAAAAUUGGCGGACUCAAACAUCAAUGGAAGACAAGUUAAGAAUGUCUUGAAGACGGCUAAGUUACUCGCGAGGUAGUCACAAAGGCGAGUUUCUCGAGCUCGAACACAUUUGAACCGUUAUGAGCGUGGAGGGGAAUUAAGUAUGCAUGCAUAUUCCUGUGCAUGUUCUGAAUGGUCUGGUACCAGCUUGGGAUCAUAGGAGGUAGAUUUGACGAGUCUCUAGCCUCGGCCCUAGUAAGUUUAAGAUAUUUCUGGACAAUACACGCGCGUUUAAUUUUCAAUUUUUGAGAGAGCUUCAUAAAUUCAAUUCCACCAUAAACGACAACGCUAAAUGAUAAUCCACUAAUUUCUCA